GCAAGGAGCCUAUUGCCCAACUGCUACGCAAUUUUGGUACCGAGGUUUUUCCGAGUCAUUGCCCUUAUUUGGAAGAAGCUCUCUAACAGAUUCUUGGUUGGGGAAUCCUGACGUUGCUUCCUACCAGCCGAUUGCCAUACUUUCCUUAGGCAGAACCGAAACACUAUGAUACGCCACCGUGAGACUACAUCCAUGAAACGACAACGAAAGCAGAGUUUGCGCUACAGCAGCUUUCAUAAGAAAUUUUCUUUUCAAAGAUUCGAGCUUCCAUUCCUUGUUGGGAAUAUCAUGUUGCUUCUUCUGGGCGUGAUGGUAAACGGUUUCGUCCCGACGUCAUCGACUGCUUUCUGGUCGGCUGCAACUGCAACUUCUACGGACGAGCGAACGCUCGGAGAACGACGAGCUUUGACUCGUGGGAUAUCCCCAACGUCCUGUUGGGCUACUACCUUUACUGCUAGCAGCAGCACUCGUUGCAGUCUAUUCUUUCGAUCAACGGAAGAGACUUCAUCCGAAACAGAAUCGUCGUUGUCGGGUACAACGAGUAACAAGAGUUACAACCCCGCUUUCAAAACCGUGCUGACGGAUCUCGCCCAACCCAAUGCACGGCUCCCCUACCGGUGCUCGGGUCAGGCCUUUUCCAAACUCUCCUCCAGCGAAAGCGUGACGGUUCGACUGAUGCAAAAACGAGACAUUGAGUUCCUGACGGAUAUGUGCUGUCGAGAAUACGGCACGACGUGGGACGAGAAAGAAAGUGUGCAAGCGGUAGAAUCCAUAUUAGACGUGGCAUCCCUUCGGAUUCUCGUACAAGUGACACUGCAAAUGAAGGUGCCAUCCAAGUCUCAAAAACUUCCUCCGGACCACGUCGUGCUGGUAGCAACCGUUGACAAGGUCAACAGUGAUACAGUAUCGCGGCCGUCUCCAUCAUCCACCAUCGUCGGCAUGAUUGAAAUUUCGAAUCAGCCAGCUUUGCCAGAAAACAAUCCGGGGCCUGUCCCCAUUCCUUUGUGGAUGAAAAACUUGUAUUGUCAAGUGCUCCACGUAGUGCGUGGACCGUCCAAGAUGCCCUACACGACGACGCAAGGAUGGAUUGCCAAUCUAUUGGUCAGCGACGAAUGGCGUGGACAAGGUGUAGGCAAACUACUCGUGCGAGCGGCCGAGGGAGUGGCCCGUACCUGGGGUACCAGCUCAAUUCAUUUACACUGUGACGCCGAUAGCGUGAGUGGUAAAGUAUCGCAGAAUUUAUACGACGGCCAAGGCUAUCGUAAACUUCAAGGCGAAACGCAGUACGAAUGGAUGAAUGGUACCGAUGGCGCCGUGGGUCCGAGUCCGUUGACUUCAAGUGUCUUUGUCAUUGAAGGAGUGCCGUUAUUGUAUUUGAAGAAGGAUUUAGAAUACGAAUCCGGUUAG